AUGCACCCGUCUUUUUUAUUAAUUGUAACAGCAUUGGAAGAAAGGUUGCUUAUCAAUGAUGGUACACUCUAUAGUGAAAUUCAGGAAAUCCAAGCAAAUAUUGUGGAAUUGAAGAAUAAAGUUGCCUCUUUGGAAUCAAAGUCAUCAUCAACUUCCAUUGUUUUUAUGAGCCAAUUAAGCACAAAUCUAGACAAUCCUGCUGAUGGUCGUAUCGUUGUCUUCGAUGAUGUAAUUACAAAUGUCGGUGGGGCAUACAGCAAUACAACUGGUGUUUUUCGAGCGCCUGUUCAUGGCAAUUUCAUGUUUUCAGUAGUAGGAUCAGCUGCGCCAAAAUCAGGUGACCACCAGCUCCACCUUCUGUUAAAGAAAAAUGGGAUUACUGUCGGGUAUCUAUUUUUUGAUCAGAACCAUGACUACUAUUUGAAAAGAACCGAGGUCGUGGUUAUAACAUUGAAACCAGGUGACGAAAUAUUUGUCCAAACUGAUGCAGGGUCCGGAUUACAUUCUUUGAGAGGAUGCUGUUUCCACUCGCAUUUUUCGGGUUUUUUAAUCCAUUAA